AUGGAUGAAACGAUCUUAUCAAAAUAAAACAACUAUCCUGGUUGUUAUAUUAAGUAAGAUUUAAAGGAGGCUGAUGAAGAACACCGAAAUCAUAAAGAGUUAAAAGACAAGAAAUACGGCUUUUAUUUUUUAUUGUUUUAAGGAUUAGUUUAUACAAUUACAAUCAUCAGUUUUGGAUUUGGGAAUCCAGAUCAAUUAGGCAAGCCCUAUGAUUCCGAUUAGAAAGUGUGUGGAGUUGAUGUUGGAUUGGAAUAAUACAAAUUUAUAUACUUUACAAAUCCAUCAGAUUAGAAGCAUUUAGGCAGAACAGUGUGCGUUAAGGAAUGUCCAGUUUUGGAAGAAGAUCACAACGAAGAUGAAUCAUUGGCUUUGCAGUGCUAUCCAAACAAUGCUAUAAAUUCAUGCAGAAAUAGACCAUCGAUUGAUGAUCCAAACUACUCAAUGAUUUACUAUGAUUCAGUGCCAUUUAUAGAUGUCUGCCUCCCAAGGAAAUCUAAUUAUUUCCACAAUAUCCAACAUGGAUUAGAUUAAUCAGAGAUUAUUAGCUUUUUAUCAGAUAUGAGUAGCGGAAGAGCUAUUAUACUUGCUUCCCUGGCACUCUGUUUAUUGCUAAAUUAAUUAUUCUACUUUAUGAUGAUCAAACUAUAAAAGACAUCCAUUUGGGUGAUUUCAAUCACAUCAAUAUUUGCUCUAUUUAUAUCAGGGGUGUUAGGUCUGUUUUAUUAUUUAAAACAAUACUAGUACUCUGAGCAAGAGAUAACAACAGCCAAAAUAACAAAGGAAUAAGCAAUAGGUAUGAUUUAAGUGUAGGAAUCCAAUAUAACUAUUAUUCUGAUCUCCAGUGCAUUCUUCCUAUUAUGUGGUGUUUACUUUUUGAUUGAUCUGAUAGUAAAUCGAAAGAGGUACAAGACUAUGGGUGUGAAGAUUUCAAUAGUCAACUAUUUUUUUGAUUUUUCAUCAUCAGGAAUUAGAUAACAGGAAGGCUAAACUUCAAGAUUCAGAGAAAUGUUGAUAUUAUUGAUGGGUAGUGCAGGUUGCUUGUUGGUUUUCUGCGCAUUAUGGAUUUGGAUGGCAACGAAUCUGUUUUCUAUAGGAAAAGCAGUAUAAGGAUAUUACCCCUUUAAUACUUAUUAGUUGAAUUGGACAACUUACCUUAUGGGAUUUAUUCAUAUUUUUGAAUUGGUAGUUGUGACUCUAGCAAUUUUAGGAAGCGAGUAGAUGCUAUUGAUUGGCAAGGUAGUUGAGGUGUACAAACAUAUGGGAAUAUAGAGAUUGAAAAUAGAUUCUCAAGAUCCAGAAUAAUCUUUGAUGGACAUAUUGGAGAUUUAUGCUUUCAAUAACUUUGGUUCCGUAGUGUUUGGAGAGGUAAUCAUCUUUUUAUUGAUGAUUCCAAGACUAUUCAUUAAGAUAUACGUGUGGAUCAGUUUGAAGUAUGACGCUGAGUUCGAAAUACCAUCUUUUUUUUAAUAGAUAUUGUGCAUAAAUGACAGAGCCUAUUUACUGGCUUAUUUAAGAAAUGAUGAAUUCCUAUUGAGUGCUAAAUCUCAAUAUGUUUUUGAUAAAAGGUUGAAAGAAACAACAGAUGUUCAAUAUCAUGGUGAAUAGUUGUCAGUCACUUACUGCUUUGCUGUUGCUAAUCUAUGUGUUUCAUUAACUUACAUCUUAAUCAUCACUACAAGUACGAAGAUAGGAAUUCAUUAGCCAGUUUAUUUUCUUUUGGUUUCAUUCAUUUUUUCUUAUUUCAUAUCUAUGAUGUUUUCAACAGUCUAUGGGGCAACCAUAGAUAAUUUGACUAUUUUGUUAUACAGAGACACCACACCUGAUGGUCAAGAAGUCGGAACAUGCGUAAGAAAUGUAGUAAGAUUGAUGAAAGAAUCAGAAUUAGAUGGCUAGACUCAUUAACAAUAACAAUAACAUGAAGUAUAAGAUUGA